CAGAGCCCUAUAAAAAGGCAUAUUCUGCCUUGUCAAAGAGAAAACAGCUGUUGUGUUGCUGGUGAAGUCUCAGGAUUUUACAAGACUAUACAAGAAUAAUGAGUGCAUCCAAACUCCAGGGAAGUGAGGUGAGAAUCGAACACUCUCUGAAUAAGAAUGAGGAGGAGUUUAUAGAUAGAAGGAGAAACACUGUUCAGCAAUGCCUGCAGAACAAUGGGAUACACUGCAGUCAGGAUCAAGUGCCAAAUAUUGCAUUACUGGGUUCUGGAGGAGGAGAAAGAGCCAUGGUGGGUUUGCUGGGAUCCCUGGUUCAACUUGAAAAAGCAGGUCUUCUGGAACUUAUCCUUUAUCUGAGUGGAGUCUCUGGAUCAACCUGGUGCAUGGCCUCCUUAUAUCAGGAACCAGACUGGUCCACCAAACUGGAGACUGUGAAAGACAAAAUCAUCAAGAGACUAAGUGGCCCUAAAGUCAGCUGGACAGAUGCACUUGCCAAACUGAAGAAAUAUUACAAAAAGAAAGACCUCUUCAGCUUGACUGACUUCUGGGCAGCGAUGGUCGUCACAAUAUUUGUGAAAGAGAUCGAUGAACACACACUCACAGAGCAGUGGAACCAGCAGAGUAAAGACCCACUUCCCAUCUACACAGCGAUCGACAAGAAAAGCAAACAGAUAAAGGAAGCAGACCCCUGGUUCGAGUUCACUCCACAUGAAGCAGGUUAUUCCCUCAUUGGAGCAUUUUUGAGAGUCUUCAACUUUGGCAGUCAGCUUGAAAACGGCUCUAUGAUAAAAAAGCAGCCUGAAAUUGACAUGCUGUACCUGCAAGGUCUGUGUGGCAGCGCUUUAGCUGAUGGAAGAAGAGAUUCCACUGUUGUUGAAACAGGGAAAGAUCCAGACUCUCCACCUGCAGACAAGUUUUGCCAGGUGCUCUUGGACCUUGUGGACAUGAAUCUCUAUGUUUUGGAUGGCAAAGAUCCUUCUGCUUUUGAUGAAUCCAUCAGAACAAUGCUGAAAGAUCUCGCUGAAGGCAAAGGUCAGCUGAUUUUUCCAGUGGGCAAACUGGAUCUUGGUGAUAAAGAAGCUGCAAAACUGUAUAUGGAGCGUUACACCAUGGAUGUUUCCAAAUAUUUGAGUCUUUGGUUCAAAUUCUGGCCAUUUGAUCUUUGCUUGAGCAUUAUUAGAUGCAUGGCUCAGUGGAUUUGGGGCAGGAAGUAUAACUUUCUCCACAACAUGACAGAUGAACGCGUGCCUGCUCCUCUACUGGAAAGUGAGACGAGAGACUUUGAAGACGCUGGACUGCUGCUCAACUCACCCUACUUCUCAGUGCUGAGAAAAGAGAGAAACAUUGACCUCAUCAUUUCCCUGGAUUUCAGUGAUGGUGAUCCUUUCAUGACAGUGAGGGAAGCUGCUGUGAUGUGCAGGGAACAAAACAUCCCUUUCCCUGAAGUCAUCAUACCCCCUGGGGACUUGAAGGACUUCUAUGUGUUCAAAGGCCAUAACGUUCCAACUGUGAUCCACAUCCCGCUCUUUAAUGUGGUCAACUGUGGAGACAAAAUUAAGGAGUGGAGGAGCAAAUACAAGACUUUUACCACUUGUCCUUACAGUGCUGAGAUGAUCACUGAUCUUAUGAAGGUCGCUGGAAAAAACAUCACAAACAAUAAAGCAAAAGUGGUGAAAGAGAUUCGUGAGAUCAUUGAGAAAAAAGCUUAACACUGCGUCAAUUAAUACACAACUAAUGACAAUCUAAAUAGAGACUAAACUGAUCUUUAUAUAGUUGAUUUAACAAUAAAUGGUGUUUCGUUUCUUUUUCUAUGUCUUAACAUUGAUCAGCAAUAUUACCCUCUCUGCAAAAUGUGAUUUGUGUGCCAUUAUAAGAGCAUCAGAGAUUGAUAAAGUUUGUGCUUCAUUUCUGUUUAAUGUUAAAUAUGUUUCUGCAUGUUUCAAUCUGUUUCUUCAUGACUGACCUUCAUUAAGCAAUAAAUAUCUGAUCAUUAAUAAUCAAAUCAGCAAUAUCAGACUGGAUUGCAUAUAUGAUAACAGUUAUUGCAGAUGAAAAAUAUAGCCUAUCUAUUUAACAAAUAUUGCACUCUUUCCUGUUUCUGUUCCAAUUAAUUAAUAAAGGGCUCUUGAUAAAUAAGGUUUUGUCCUGGUCAUUUGAUAUAUAGCAAAUAGCGCAAAUGCUCAUUAUUACAAAACUGAUAGCUGUGUUCCUGGAUGCUGAUUGGUCAAUAAUUUUUUUUUUCUAGGAUUCUAGCAACCCAGUCUCCUGCUACUGCGUAUCUAUGCUACGAGUUUGCAUUUUCAUUCGGCGUAGUAUUUAUACGCCAAAGUCACAUUUGGCGUAUAUAUGGUACGCAAAACCCUCCCGUUAAACUUCCAUUGAUGGAAAAUGCGUAUGUAUUGCACGCUGAAAUUUGUCAUCAUCAUCGUCCUGCCCCUUCAGUCGAACGAAGAUUCACGAUUUCAUCUCGUGCAGGUGCCGAAGCAGCAUAAGCAGAAAUGUUGAUUUAGAAUACUUAUUUAUAAUACUUAUUUAGAAUUUUUUAAUAGAAACUUAUUGUAUAUAACUUACUCAUCAUCUCUAGCGGGGACGAAUGUUCAUACUACAUCUAUUACGCACUGAGGAUCAUAAUAGGGGAUUGUUUUUACAGUUUAAUUAUAAACAAUCCCGACGGGGAAAGAAAAAUUAAUUAAUUAAAUUCAUUAAUUCAAUGUGAAUAAUUUAUGCUAGUUAUAGUAACGUUAGUUAUAUGUCUGCUUUAUUUAAUCUGCUCUGUUUUUUGUUUUUUUUUAAUCUUACACGCAUUUUUGUUUCUUUGUUUGUGAUUGUAUUUGUAAUGGCAAAAGUAUUAACAAACAAACAAUAAAUAAAUAAAUAUAAAAAGUGCAUUGCCCUGAUGUUUAGUCCUUCGCUGUUUCAGGAGCCACCCACUCCCGCUUAGAAUCCAAUCAAAUGUUUAAACAUUUUUUAGCGCCAUCAUCAAUAUCCCGCCCCCUCAUUGUACGGUGCUCAAGUUCAUGUUCACCUCGUGCAUCAUCAUCAUCAUAAUUAAAAUUCGUCCAUCAUCAGAAUACCAAAAAUGUCCACAGGCUCUUUAGAAGCAGCACUUGUUCUUGGAGAUGUGUUUCUUGAUCAGAUACAG